AUGCGCAGCUUCUUCGCUAUCUUCCUCACUCUGCUCGUCUCAGUCGUCGUCAUCACCACGGCUAAUCCGUUGCUAUACCGUGCUCCACAGAUGUAUGAUGAUGUGCAGUUCGUAAAGAGGAGUAAUGCGGAGUUGAUAAAUGGCCUCAUUGGAAUGGACCUUGGUAAACUGUCAGCAGUCGGCAAGCGAUCGAAUGCAGAACUGAUCAACGGACUGCUCGGGAUGAACCUGAACAAAUUGAGCUCGGCUGGUCGACGAUGA